UAAAGAUCUCUCUUUCCUAAUUCCCAAUGAACAAAUUAAUCUUACUAAUGAGUCUUUACUUGCUUGGAUCUGUCAGAGGAACAUCAAGUCAGCCUAAUGAGCCGCUUGCCUCUAUAGAACAUCAAGGUUCAGUUCAGCAACUUUCAGAUGAGUACCUUUCACCUGCAAACCCUUCAGAUACCAAAGCUUUAUCUGAGACUUCUUCAGGCAAGAAUGUUCUGACUGAGCAUAGUUCCACAGAGCACAGUUCAAGUGAGCAUGCUGCAGGAGAACAUGCUGCUGAUAAACACACUGUAGAUGAACAUGCUGCAAGUGAACACACUUCAGGUGAAGAGACUUCAGGUGAACACACUUCAGAUGAACAUGCUUCCGAUGAAGAGACUUCAGAUGAACAUGCCUCAGGAAAAGAGACAUCAGGUGAACACAUCUCAGGUGAAGAGACAUCAGGUGAACACGAUUCAAGUGAAGAGACAUCAGGCGAACAAUCCUCAGGUGAAGAGGCUUCAGGUGAGCAGGCUUCAGGUGAAGUGACAUCAGGUGAGCACACCUCAGCUGAAGAGACUUCAGAUGAACAUGCCAUAGGCGAAGAAACUUCAGGUGAACAUGCUUCAGGUGAAGUGAUUUCAGGUGAACAGGCUUCUGGAGAAAAGUCUGAUAGUAACCAGGCUCUAGAAGAACAUGCUUCUGGAGAACAGCCUUCAAGCACACCACUUCCAAAUACAUCUUCAGGUGCAAUAUUAAAUUGCCACACAUGCGCUUAUAUGAAUGAUCAAGGAAAAUGUCUUCGUGGAGAGGGAAUGUGCACCACUGAGAAUUCCCAGCAGUGCAUGUUAAAGAAGAUCUUUGAAGGUGGAAAACUCCAAUUCAUGGUUCAGGGAUGUGAGAACAAAUGUCCCUCUAUGAACCUCAUUUCUCAUGGAACAAGGAUGCAAAUUAUAUGCUGCCGAAAUAAACCUUUCUGCAACAUGGUCUAAAAGCCUAACUCAGGCAGCAAAAGGCCCCCCACCCCACACACUACUUGGCUCAACUUAUAUUUAGCUUCAAAACUAACAGCACCACCUGCCUCUGCCUGAAUGUCAGGCAAGAUGCUCAAGUAUCUUUCCUCUCCUAUUCAUACCAUUGCCCAUUCUCCUCUGCCCUGUCUUUCCUGCCCCAACCUUGAUAUUCCGAUUUCCAACAAUAAAUGUCUUGUGGUUAAAGAACAAA